CCUCCGCCUGCUCGCGCGCUGACAGGGCCGAGCCUCCCUCCUGCUCCAGCUGUCCUUCCUACUGACCCCAGCUUGUGCCCCGCGCACGCUGGUCCCCCGGUGGCUCCAGUGAUCCUGAAGUGUGCCCCCCCUCCCAGCCACUGAAAUCCCACCCACGCUCAGGCCAAGCCCAGCCUCCAGGAAGCCCUCCCCGGCUGCACGGCGGCGCGGCGCCUCUCUCGGUUGGCUUCCUCCAGCCUGCCACGGGGAUCAGGACGAAUUGGGACCCGAGGAUCUGUUUGACAGGCUCGUUUCUCAAGCCCUAGAUCCAGGGGGCUCAGGCACAUCAUCGAUCUCAGAACAUGAGUGAAGAGAAGGAAGAGGCCUCGUUCAGUAUACUCAGAAUUUAUGAUGAACCAGAGGAGAGGAGGAAUGUGCCAGAAAGCUCCGGCAUUGCCUCCCAGCAUGAGCAUCCAGCACAGUCCGAACUGGACGGGGUGUAUGGAACGCCCCAGCAGUCCCCAGGCCCCCUGACGCAGCACAGCCUGGUUUAUCAGGAGAUGAGCCCCAUGACUCCGCAGGAGUGGGCCCUCCAGGCCCUGGACAGGUCUGAGCUCCAGGCCAGUUGGCUCUGUGAGGCGGAGCCAGGAGAAGAAGCCGAGUUCAGCCCCAGCUUCCUACCAGGAUCUGAGUUUGGCCAGCCUUGCCCUUCGCCUCCUCCCAGUGAAGAAGUCUCGUCAUUCCUCAGAGCAAUUCCUCCUGUUCCAGAUGAAGUGGUGGUCAGGCAGAGGACCCCACGUGAGUCCUGGAAGGUUGGCAAACUCCGCCACGGAAAGAAAGUCUAUGCUGUUGCCAUCAGUGGCUCAACUCACCACGUGUACACGUGUGGCCACGGCUACAUCAAGGUGUGGGAUGAGAGUGCUCUGCAUGCCUGGGACAAGGCCCCUCGGGCCCAGCUGAACUUUCAGGACCAUCAGAACUGUGUCCUCACCUGCAAGCUGUUCCCUGAUGAGCAGAGCCUGAUCACUGGGGGUCUGUCCCGGACCCUUACUCUAUGGGAUCUGGCACCUACACCCCGCAUCCGGGCACAGCUGGCCUCCACAGGCCCCAUGUGCUAUUCCCUGGCCAUCUCCUCCAAUGCCCAGAUCUGCUUGGCUUGUUUCAAAGGAUUUGUUGAGAUUUGGGAUUUGCAGAACCAAAUCUUGAUCAGGAAGCACGAAGUCCCUGAAUACGGAUCCCGAUGUGUGGACAUCGUCGGCAAUAAGUUCUGGACGGGAGGUGAAGACACCAGCCUGUAUUCCUGGGACCUCAGGAGCUACCAGAGGCUGCAGCAACACGAUUUGCAGCAUGAGAUCCUCAGCAUCACCCAUGACCCCAGCGAGGAAUGGAUGUUAGUGGGCUUGAGAACGAGUGACAUCAUAAUCCUACACUCGCACCGGAAGGAGAAGUUUAAGGCUGUCAUACAUAAAUACAUCCACCACCACAACCUCAAGUUUGCCUCCUGUGGUGAGGAGCCAGGGAGCUAUUUUGUGACCACAAUGGACGAGUCCAUCCACUGCUUGGCUGCACCUUCUCUACAAAGAUUGUUUCAGGUAGAGGAGUCUACAGAAAUCCUGUGCUGUGAUGUGUCCUCCGACAACCAGUAUCUGGUCACAGGCUCCAAGAACAGUGCCACGGUUUACCAGCUCUUGUAUUGACGGUUGCGUGCCACGGUCCUGCUGGUGAAGACCCAAAGGAGGCCAGCAUGCUGAGAGGAUGACCUCGGGGUGCUGGGCAAGGUCAGCACCUCCCACACCUCCACCUUACCCUUGAUGGUCGGUCAUCUGUCGGUUCCCCUCCCCCAACACACACACCUAGCCUGCCCUCCCAGGUUUUUAUUGUAUAGCUGAGGGAUUUUUCCCUUGUUAUUUUUCUCCACUGAUUUAUGGGUUUUGGUGGAGAAACUUGCCUUUGUAUUAAUAAAAUAGAAAAGCAAAAA